AUGACACUUGGCCUAUUGAGAAUUCGCGAGAUGAUUCUAACUUUUGUCCUAACUUUUAUUCUUUUUGGGAAUUGUUAUUUGGCAAGGAAAGAGAGGCGAGAAUAUUCAGUUCUCAGUUAUCAACACAAACUCGAGCGAAAUUGUUUCUUCUCGCCCGUUCAAUGUUUUUUGAAUGACCGAUUCAAAGACCUACAAAAUCCGUCCAACCUAUGGGAAUACAGCCAAUUCCCGACCGAUCCAUUGUUUAACCGU